AUGUUUGUUCAGACUCACGACUGCUUCAGAUAUACUAUGCUCAAAGUCAGCAAGUGCUUCUUCCUUGCGCCCCGUCGAACUCCGUGUGGCUUUGCUCAUUUCAGCCUUUCUGUGAAGGAAGCGACCAAGGCCAUAAGCCGAUGCAAACGGCCAGUAGAGCUUUUGAGAGUUGUAGCCCGUUGCCAGCAAUCUCAGAGCAUCGAUGGAGUUUUUUGUGCGGCUGCACUGCAUCGUUUAAGCAUUCUAGAAAGGCACAGGCAUGAUGUGAUCGAGAUGGCAGACGCCUGGACACUGCUGUCCACAGUAGCUGCUGAACAUUUGGAUGGGUUUGGAGCCCAAGAGAUUGCAAUUGCAGCCUUGGCUGUUGCAAAAGCUAGAACAAAAGUUGCGAAGGUACAGAGCAAAGUCCUCUUUGAAAAGCUCUUGGGCCAGGUGCUGCCCGAAAUGCAGGUGUCUUCAGAGCACUUGCCGAUUCGCUACUGUGCUAACUUGGUUUGGGCUGCAGCCACUUUACGCUAUCAGGGAGCAGCUGCCCAAGGUUUAUUUCAACGUGUGGCGAAGGCCUGUCACCAGCCUGGCCUACAUGGCCUUUGCAAUGCCAGAGAUGCAGCGCAAAUCUUAUGGGCUUUUGCAACAGCAGCGGAAACACACGAGGGCUUGGAAGUCUUGGAGAAAGUUGCAAUUGAACAACGGCAAGGCCUGGAAAACUUUUCUGACCAUGACUUGGCCACCACCAUUUGGGCUAUAGCAACCUUGAAUUGCCCUGGGCCUCAGGGGAGUGCUUUGCUGCACGAGUUGGCAGGGACGGUCUCCGAGAAAGACUUUGCUCCACAAGGGCUGUCCAUGGUCUUGUGGGGCUAUGCCACGCUAAAUCUGAUGGAGAAGUCUCUUCCAACGAGAAGGCUUUUGGAAACACUGUCGCCCAAAGUUGUAGCUGAGGCCUCAAACUUCACACCUCAAGGGGCAUCCAAUAUACUGUGGGCGUUCGCCACUAUUGAUACUUGCUUGACUGGCGGCAAGAAAGACCACCAAGCGACAGAUUCAGCCGAAAAAGCAAAUGGUGUUGCCUCAAUUCCAGAAGGAGGCUUGGCCAUCAACGCUUUGUGCAUGUCACUGAUGGAGCAGCUGCUGGCAUGCAAUGGACAGGACAUUGCAAAUGCGCUGUGGGCUCUGGCGAGCAUUGGCCACAUGGAGCCAGCUCCAGUUGCACUCUUUGAGAAGAUUUGCAAGAAUUACGUCGACCUUCCAAUUCACAGCUUCACA